CACGCCGAGAGCGCACGGGAACCUGUAGAGAGCAGUCCUGCUCUUAUUAUCUUCAUUCCCUCUACUUUUUAUUGCCUCGUUAAAAUAAGGUGAUAAUAAUAAUAAAAUCACUAUGGAUGCUUAGUAUUUCUCCGUGCAAAUACCCUGGAGCGUUUUUCUUUUCUCGAAGGAGCAUUCCGGUUGAUGUUCAUAUGACUGAUUUCUACUCGAGGCUAUAGGAGAAACUGCGAAAUGGAGACGUUUACAAUCCACGACAUGCUGAUAAACUCCACGGACCUCAACAGGAUUUUGUGCAGUUUUGGGAUCAAGAAUAUUUCCGAGUGCGAGAGCGAGCAAGACAUCUUGCCAGAACCCAAAGACAUCAACCAGACAGUGCGGAUCGCCCUCUACAGCCUCAUCUUCCUCCUCAGCGUGCUGGGGAACAGCCUCAUCAUCGCCGUCCUGGUCAGGAACCGGCGCAUGAGGACCGUCACCAACCUGUUCCUGCUGUCUCUGGCCGUCAGCGACCUGAUGGUGUCCCUAGUCUGCAUCCCCUUCACCCUUAUCCCCAACCUCAUGAGGGACUUCAUCUUCGGCAACGGCAUAUGCAAGCUGGUGAUGUAUUUCAUGGGUGUCUCUGUGAGCGUCUCCACCUUUAACCUGGUGGCCAUCUCCCUGGAGCGCUACAGUGCCAUUUGCAACCCCCUCACCUCCAGGGUGUGGCAGACAAAAUCCCACGCUGCCAAGGUCAUCACUGCCACCUGGUUGGGGUCUUUUAUACUGAUGCUGCCCUACCCCAUUUUUAGCACCCUCAAGCCCUUCACCCGCCUCAACAACAGCACCGGGCACAUGUGCCGCCUGGUGUGGCCCAACGACAUCAUCCAGCAGUCCUGGUAUGUGUCCCUAUUGUUGCUGCUUUUCCUUAUCCCUGGGAUCGUCAUGAUGACAGCCUAUGGACUCAUCUCAAUAGAGCUCUACCGGGGCAUCAAGUUUGAGAUGUCCAACAGGAAAGUUGGCAGAGACAGACAGUCCAGCACUAGCAGCAUUAAGCCAGGUGACAGUGAUGGCUGUUACCUGCAGCCAUCCAAAAAGAAGAGUUUGACGAUGAACACCGGUAGCUCCAUGGUGGGCCGCGUGUGUGGCAGCGGCAGCUCCACGUCCAACCUGAUGGCUAAGAAACGUGUUAUCCGAAUGCUGCUGGUCAUUGUGUUUCUUUUCUUCCUGUGCUGGACCCCCGUCUUCGUGGUCAAUGCGUGGCAAGCUUUCGACCAGCGUUCAGCCUACCGUCUCACUGGCGCGCCGAUCUCCUUCAUCCACCUGCUCUCCUACACUUCGGCCUGCGUCAAUCCCAUCAUUUACUGUUUCAUGAACAAGCGCUUCCGCCAGGGUAUGCUGGCUACCUUCUCCUGCUGCAGCUGUUUCAGGAGGGGUGGCGGAGGCAGUAGCGGCUUGACGAGGUCAGCUGGAAGCAGACUAACCCAAGGGGAAGCGGGCAGACCGCGAGAAGGGCCCAAGAGCCCUGAGCAGAAUGGUCACACGUCACCAAGUGGAAGCAGCACACGCUUCACUUACACAGGCAUCCGUGCAUCAGCCUGGAGUGAGCUGACUUAAGUUGGAUUGAUCUGUCCGUGCACCAAGUGUACCGGCCCAAGUGCAAGCAUAUGAUGGAGAGCUGUGGUUUGUUGUUUUUGCGAAAAGCUGUCACAGUGCUUUCGAGACUAAGCAAACAUGUUGCUUUAGCGCCACUAUUUUAAUGUGACAAGUAGGCAGAGACUGUGGAGCAGAUGUGGUGUGCCGUCCGUAAAGUCACAGCCAAUCAGCUGUGACUUUAUCAUAAAUGUUUCUAUAAAGCUUGCAGAGUGGCCAAGUGAUGCCUGUUCAUACUUGCUUUUAGGGCCCACAAGCUUGUCGGAAAAGUGCAAAGUUCUGAUGAAGCAGAGAAUCAGUUCUCAUUUUACUUGCUUUUGUUUUAUACACGCUAGAUACUGCUUCUGAACUGUACAGUAACCAAACAGUAUUUACACAUGCUUCAUUUGAUCCACGUGCAUUACGUGGGCAGCUUUUCAAAUAACACGCAGUGCCAAAGAGAGGUCAAUUUUUAUCAUUUUAAAUGGGUUUAUUGAUACACUGAUAGUUCAAUAAAGUUUUACUUUUAUUUUUUUAAUAGCUGAUCUAAAGAUUUGAUGACGUUAAUCCCAAUAAAUUACAAUGGUGAAAAAUGACCUUUUAAGCCAACAUGACCUUUAAGCAUAAAUAAAUAAAUAAAAACCCAACUAUCUUUUAUAAAAUGACAAAUGAGAAACUAAACAAAUGUGCUUUAGCUUUUAUUUAUAAAUGACAACCACUUAUUUCCAGUUAUUUUGUAAUGUAUCCAAAUGUGCUUUCUAAAGCUUUUAAUAUGUGUUAUUCUUUGUAUUAUUAAUAUCGUUAAAAUCGUUGCGCAACAGCAAGUUUUUAAACAUAAGUAAAGGCUGACUUAAAGAAAACAUUUAACCUGGAUAUCAAGUGGCUAGCUUAGCAAUUAGCAAUGUUAUUAAUGGCAAGAAAAGUGAAAUAAAGUUAUUAAUGGCGGGAAAACCUAGAAAACACUAUUGGUGGGAAAUGUAAAACAGAGCUAUUAAUGGCUGAAAUAAUGCUCUUAAUGGUGGGAAGAGCAUUAAAAAUGCUAUUUAGGGCGGGAAAGUGGAAUAAAACUUUUAAUGGAAGGAAAAGGCGGGAAAAUGCUAUUAAUGGCAGAUAAAAGAUACUCUAUAAAUACUCGUGAAGAAUCCUACUAUUAUUGGCUCUAAAGGUCACUAAUAUUUUGCUGCUUUUAUAUGUAAUUCACAUGUACAAAUACAAAUGUAAUAUUUGUUUUCCAAUUAUGCUAUUUGUGUUAAGCUAUUUCAAUGCAAACUCUUGUGCGAUGAUUUCUGCAUAGCUAGCCUGUUAUGGGAAAUGACAUAAAAAAUUUAACAUGCAACUUCAGAUUUUAUAUAUACAUAAACAAAAAAGUUCGAGCUACAAGUAUAGUUUGAAGAUUAGAGGGUUGUAUAACAAGUUAGCAAGAUGUUUUUUGUUUUUUUUUUUAGUCUGACUAUAUUUCCACGACAACUUAUAACCUUGUCUGGGACAGGUUUUGUUCAGAGCUUUAAUUUAAAACUGGCUGGGAGCGUCAUGUUUUGUUUUGUUUUUUACAGUCCAUUAGUGUGACAGAUUCUCUGCUGAAGGAAUGUAUUUUAUUUAUGUAACCUUUAAAGCUUAUUGUCACUAAAGUCCAACUGUACUGUUACAGCUGCACAAAUUGUACCUUCCCACUAGAAUUUACAAGUAUUCAUAUUCAAAUGAUGUGAAAAUUUUAUAAUGUUUUACUUGUUCCUAAUUUGCUACCAAAAUUCCCUCUAUUAGUGAGACUUUAGCUAUUACACCACAGAUUGAAUUUCACACUUAUCUAAUCAGUUUUACAAAGCCAAGAAUACCUAAUCAAUCAAUAAAAUUAAAUUUACUUUGA